AUGUAUAUUUAAUCACUCAAUAGAAAACCCAUCCACUGAUAGCUUUAAUUUUAGUAAACAAAAAAGGGAGGGGCGGGUUGAACGUGAACGCAACACUUUUGAUUGACAUGCCUUCCUUACCCAGUCAACAAUAGAAACGGGAGGGGUUUGCGUCAAUGUGCGGCAGUCUACACAGUAGGAGGGGGCGUGUCUGUAAACCAUAACGACCAAUCAAGAAGCGGAUGGGACCGCUGAAGCCGCUCGUGCUGCUGCGGAGGGGCGGGGCCGCGUUCAGGGGCUGUGUGGAGAGAGCAGAGGGAGAGGAGAGAGAGAGAAAAAAAGAGACGGUGAGGAUGUGUGUGAGUGUGCGGUGAUCGGUUCUGCAGGUACAGUCAGAGCCGGAUACAGGUUUUAGAGCCGCACCGGACCGCGGCAAAACCGCCUCGGAGCCUGCCUCUCACCUCUUCAUCCCCUCCGAACAGCCCUCCGCAAUGUCUGGCGGAGGAGAGGUGCGCGUCCUCCGCCAAGAGGCCGGGCAAGAGAGCCCGAGGAUGCCGGCCUGGAAGCGAGAGAUCCUGGAGAGGAGGAAAGCGAAGGGCGGCGGGUCUGGAGGAGGUGGUUCCGCGGAAACAAGCCCCGGCGGUGCGGGCCCGCAGCGGGUUAACGGCGAAUUGACGGGAAAUGUGAACGGCAGCGGCAGCAGCGGACCCACGAAUGACAGCGGAGCGAGCGGCGGGUCCGGGCGGAACUAUACCAUCAGCACAGCCAGCCAGCACUUCGCCAACAACAAAGAGCCACGACCGACGGCCGCGGAGAGGAAGGAGAGCCUGGUGCUCCAGGAAAGCCUCGGCCCGCUGGAGGAGAACCCGUUCAUCAAACUGGAGAAGGAGCGGCGGAGGCGACAGGACCGAGAAAACACCGCACGACCGGUCCAGCACAUCCUGGAGCUGUACGGCAGUGUGCCCGGUAUACGGACCAUCCGCGCGGAGAAUAUUAUCAUAAUUGAGUCGGAUCCGGAUUACUUUCCGGAAGCGGGAGGAGUACAGACCGGUUCCAAAUGGCAACAAAACGGUGUCAGUAGUUAUAGCUCUCUGAACGACCUCCUGGACCGGAGAGGGAGUGCUGUCACUGAGAUAAGAGCCAAGGAAGUGGUAAUUUAUGACACCACGUUAAGCAAGAGUGAGGAGAACUUGAGCACCCUGGGCCGCCCUGAUCAUGACAUCCUAUCAUAUGAGACAGGUGAGGGUCAAGGCAGGGUUAGCCGGAUGCUGCAGAAGUUUGACAGCAACUACGGGAAGCUGCAGAAGAAGUCUCACAGCACAGAGAACCUGCUGGACCUGGAUUGUAGUGCCAGUAGCAGGCCAAGACUCUGGUCCAAGCCACAGCCAGAUCUGGUGCCAAAGCCCAGGCCAGGCCCGUCCGUCAGCACCCUGGGCAGUAGCCAGCCAUCGUCACCUGUCUUCCAGAGUCCCUGGUCUUCCAAACCAAAGCCACAGCCUGCUGUCUCUGAGCAAGGCAGCCCCCAGCGCACCACCGGACCCCCUCAGUCUGUGUCUUCCUUCCGUCAGCGGUUUGAGGAGAGUGGAGGCUGUGGGACAGCUGUCACCCCCAGAGAGGAGCCAGACCGGGUGCAAUCCAAGCCCACCAGAGAGAGAGACUGGGAGGGCGUCGAGGUGCCACUCAAACCCAAGGUGCCAUGCUCUCCGGAGAUCCUGCGUGCCCGUGCCGAGUCCCCCUCAAGCCCCAUCUCAUCCAAGGUGUCGCGCUCCUCACCUGACUUUGAGAUCCGCCCCUCCACAAAGCCAGACCUCGCCCGAAUUCCUGAUGGGGACACCCAGGCACGGGCCCUCGCAAACUUGCGGCUGCAGUCCCGAAACUCCUUCACGGUGAUCCCCAAGCGGCAUCUCGCUGCCUCAUCUGCAGCAGGCAGCACAGUACUGUCCAGUCCCGUCAAGUCCUCUCCCUCCCAUAGAGUGGCAGAGGUUCCCCCGCCAGGAGUGCCAGCCUCCGAUGCCCCUGUACCCAGUCUGACACCCUCCAAGAGGAAUGAGGAGAGGGACGUCGAGAGGCUGGGGAGGACAUCCAAGCCUGAACCGUCACCUUCUGUUGCCACCAGUCCUGCUCUUCCUCCAACCCCAGAACCUGUGUCUCCAUCUCCUACUCUAACCGCAGGUCCCUCUUCUCCACCUGCUCUGUCUUCACCGCCCUCUUCUCCGGCUUUCCCAUCUUCACCUUCCUUCUCUCCGGCUCCCUCAGACUCGCCUGCCCCUUCUCCUGUCUCUUCAACCCCCUCCCCAGCUCCAGAACAACCUUCCGUGGAUCAUUUGCCUGUAACAAACAUAGAUGACAUUGAAGUCGAGCCCCCGCAGCGUGUCCCUGCUCCCAGCCCCAUGGCGCCGAGGAGAAAGGGGAACACCUUCACUGUGGUGCCUUCACGAAGGCGGGAGCCCGAGGCCCAGCCGAGCUCACCUGAGCCCCAGCAGGAAGCCUCAAGUGAGACUCCACCGGGGUCUACACCCCCACAGGCCCCAUACGCUCAGCUGGGCACCCUGCUGAAGAAACGCUACCCCGCUGUGGAGGAGAUCGAGGUCGUCGGCGGGUACCUUUCCCUUGCAAAGUCCUGCCUCUCCAAGACUGGCUCCACGGGCAAGAAGCUCACGAUCUCUUUCAAUGAGUCCAGUCUCAAGAGCACGUACGAGUAUCCGUCAGAGAGCAGCGUGUGGGACAGCGGGGAGGAGGACGAGGAGGCGAUACAAGGCGGGAAGGUGGCUGACGAACAGCCAAGCAUGGUGGGACGCAUUCACAUCCCUCGACCCAGUUUCACCGGCUCGGCCACGCACACGACCAACAGCAACGACCUUUCCAGCUACGUUCCCAAGCACUCGGUGGACUUCAGCGCCUGGCAGGAGCACAAACAUGAUGACGGCGUUUACCAGGAGGACACCACUUCCCAGCAGACACAGAUGACAGAGGAAGUCAUGCUCACACCGGCAGACAGCUCCUCCCUGUCUGACUACAGCAGCGAGCCCGCUCUCUACUUCUGAUCAGUCGGACCAAUCGGCCUGUACAGUAGCAUCACACCUGUGGGACCAGACUACAGCCAGAGCCCAGCGAGGUCUGCCACACCUGGGCCUGAACUGCCUCCAGCUCUACACUCCAGCUGUCUCUUCAAGCACAUCUUCCUCAUCAGACAGGAAACACAGUGGUUUUUGCUUUUGUUUUUUGCUGAUGUCCUGCCACGGUACCACUACACACCACGUUUCAGCUUUUUGCCAGGUGGCUGGAUUCCCACCUUCUUCCCAACCUGACGCAACAAAUCCAAAAAGCAGCUGGACUGUCUUUCCCCUACGGUCCUGCACAGUUGAUCUGUCAGCGUCCCGCCUUCCUCAUCCUCAGUAAAGAAAUGUCCGACAGAAUCAAAUCCAUUGUCGAACUCUAGAGAAACGUCCGUCUUCCUCUCCGGACCGUGGAGGAAGUUUGCCGGCUUCACGUCCGUCCUGUGAUUCGCUGCUUCCGAGUCUCCGUCUCAACUCCCAACAUGCGCUCCAGGUUUUGUUUUGGGAGAUGUUGACAAGCGAAGAAGCUGCAAAGCGAGUGACCAAAUUCCUUAAAAAGAACAGGAAGCCACCAGUGCCCAUGUGUAGGAAACGCCACGGUGACAGAGGUUCAGUGUUAGCAUGGAUGCAUCCGCUUGUGUAGAUCGCUGGCACACUCAUACACAAAAACAAAAAAAAAUGGUGAAAGGGUGCCACAAUUGUAGUUUAUUUUGUCUUUUUUGUUUUUGUACCUGCAUGUUUUAAUUUCAGCCAACAGCUUUGUUGGUUCUCCUUUACUGUAAAGCUUCUGUAUGCCUUUUAGCUUUCGUACGUUUUCCGGCGCACUCUGCUGUAUUGAAGCUGCUCUGCGAUUGGAAGAAGAGUCUUAACGGCAAGCAAACUUCAACACACUUCCCUUCUUUGUGGCAAGGGAGGGGGAAAUAUGCACCCCAGGGAAGAUUUCUGUCAAUCAGCAGCCACUCUUGAUUUCUGACUGAACGCUUGAAAAAGUGACCUUGGCCAAUAAUGUCUGUAUGUCCGUACUGCUGGUGACAAAGUCAUACUGUAGAAUGUUUCUGUAUAUCCUCUAUUAAGGUAUCUGUGUCACAUUUAUCAAAAGCUGUCAGACCUCCUGGCACCUUUUUUCUGGCUCCUCUCGUGUAUUUAUUCCUGCUUAAAGUUGAAGUUUGCAUGUCUGAGACCUGCUCAUGUACAAUAGACAUUUUUGUAAAGACAUAGUUGCUGGUGUGGAAGGAACCGGAUUGGUGCAAACAGCCCCACCGGACGUUUUUGUUGUUGUUGUUUUUUCCAGUCGGACCUCAUGCACUUUCACAUUCCACAAAGAAAGAAGCCAGUCCACUGAAGUAAUGAAGGCAACGAUGAGUAUGAUCAUUUGUGAUACGGCAUGUUUGUGAGCGCGAAUGCAAGAUUGUGUGUGUUUGAAAGAAUAUGUAAUGAUUUUUUUUAAUUAAGAUUGUUUUAUAUACAAGAAUGCAGCAAGUUUCGAGAUUAUUAUUUUUUAACUCAUAAUGCCAACGGAUUAAAGUGUUUCUGUAACGGCCUCCCGUUCAUUCUUUACGCACCCAGGAUCGACCCUUCGGCCAGUAUUGUUGUACAGUUUCCACCAUGUUUUCAUUAGGUACAAAGAUGUAUUUCUUACUUCUGUAAUUUUUUUUAUUUCUUCAAUCAGAUGCAAUUUGUUCAGUGCUCAAGGCUGGAUUUUGCUGUUAGUGUGUGAGACAUUUGUCUUUGUCUGAUGAGUUUAGGAAAGAUCCGUUUCGUCUGGAGUCUUGGAUGUUAAAUGUGUUUGUACUGUCAUGCAUUUAGCUUUGUUUUGCAUCUCAUGAGAAGGAACAGAGUACGCGACAAGAGGAAAUGUACACUUAAAAGAACAAGAAGUCCAGCUGAAGAGUUAUGUUUCAAAAAGCCACUAUCGACACCUGUUAUUAUACAACCACUGAUUGUAUGUCAGAUAUGUUAGAUGAAUAAGAACUGAGCCCCUGGUUGGCAGAAUACGUAUGUGACAUUACAGAUUAAUUUUGUUUUUUUAUUGGAAUCAAAAUGAAUGAAUAAUGUUUUGGAAUAGGACUCUUCAAUUGUACAUGAUGAAUGCACUGCCAAUGAAUGCCAUGUCCACUCCCCCCCCCCACACACAUUAGAAGUCUUAUGAUUGUCGGCCUUGUUGCUGUGACAAACUGUAGCCCACAUGUAAUUUCCACACUGGUCCAGGGCUUCAUCUUGGUCAAGGGGUUACCACUAAAAUCCUUCUUUUCAGUUAUUGGCCAGUUUAGUACAAAUCAAAUACACUGCAUUUAUGCUUACUUAUUAUUGCUAAUCCAUUGGUUUCUACUCAAUUUUAUAUGGUAUGAAAAUCAAGACUUAAUAUAUAGCUUGAAAGACAUCACAGUGAACAUCAGGUCCCAUUAUUGUUGCAUCAUAAGGCAGUAGGGCUGGGUAUAAUUUGAAAUAUCUGUUUCCAUACCAACAUUAUACCUUUUUUGAUACAUUUUUAUGGGAAAAUCUAAAUCUUAUAUUUGAAAUGGAUCUGCAUGUAAACUAAACUACAUCAUCAUACAUUACUAUGUAGGGUAACUAGAAUGUAACUAACACAUACUAAUAGACUUGAUGUUCACUGUGAUCGAUUACAAUACUCGAGCAAGUUUCAAGAUUCUAGUAAUAGAUUUUCAUACCAUGAGGAAAUUAAUGUGACCAAAACACAGAACUGUAGUGUAUGCAUUUGAAAACAGUCAAUGUGACUGAUACACUUGAUUUGUAAUUAAUGGGCUAAAACUGCUGCCUUUCAACGACCAAACGAUUACUGUUUGUGGGAAUCUUGAACGCUGUCUUUCUGUGAACUGCAGGCCCAAAAAGGUAGAGUGAACUGUGGGAAUCUCCGCUGAUCGUCUAAAAUGACACCAGCAAGACUUUUCUGAUGGCCAUUGCUGGGACAUGGAUACACACAACUUGACUUCUGAAGUGUACAUGCGGUCUCUCACCGCUGUCUUUUCCCUAUCUGUCUACUCCUGUUGCAAAGUUAGCAGUUUGUGUUCACAUUGUAGCGACUCUGGUAGAAUCUCCAUCUUGUUCCCCUCUUACUUUUCCCCUCGUCUGUAAAUCGACAUCACAGCAGAUGUUCUUACUGUAAAGUUAUUGUCAAUGAUUUGGGCAAAUAAUAAAAAAGCUAGGUGAUGUCAUAACUUGUACAAAUGAAAGCUCAAUAAAUAGAAGACUUGAACAAAUGUAAA